AAUAUAAAUUAACUCGAAAUACAAAUCGUGCUUUUUAGGCGACGAAGAUAGAUAUGGGCGCAACGAAAUAAAAGUUUUCCUUGAGAUUCGUUCCCUCCACGGCCUUGUAUCACUAAAGCGAGAUGAAACGACAUCAUCUAGCUUCUUCUCUUUCGCAUUCGCCAUUCGAGCUUGAUUCUAAUGAGGACAGCUGAAAGGUGCAGAAAUGGAGAAACAAGGACAGGGUCGGUGGCUGAAAAUGAUGGUCUUGGAAAUGAUGGGGUUAUUCCUCAAUUAUUCACCUCUUUACCAGCUUUAAAUGAAGCUGCUUCUUAUCUUGCACAAACAACUAACUACUUGGCUGGUUAUUUUUCUGGUUAUUCUGAGAAACUUGCUUUUAGAGAUUCAAGGGAUUCCAUUGUACGUGUGCAAGAAAUAUCAACAUCUUCUUCAGGGCGAACUGAGGAUUCUGUGAUUAAUGAUCAUCCAUUUUCAAGUGGAAGUAGCUCAACAGUGUCUGCAUCCUCUUGUCAUGUAACUACUGCCUCAGCCAACAAUCCUGUAGUAAGGACCUCCACUGGAGAUCCAUCUGAAAUUAAUGGUGCAAUUGCACAAUCAAAUCAUACGAGGCAAAAUGGGAUUUCCAUUUUUCAAGGGCUUAUUGAAAGAGCAAGGAGUACUGUUCGUGGGUCUGCAAAUGAUAUUGGAUGGCUGAAACGGGCUCCAGAGAUGCCAUCAGUUGAAGAUGGAACUGGGAGGUUUACAGAAAUUCUUGAAAAUAUUAGGCAUGGUCUCCAUAAACUGCCAAGCUCGAUGGUGUAUUUAUUGGUUCCAGGUCUUUUCAGCAACCAUGGACCUCUUUAUUUUGUCAGUACAAAAACAAGUUUCUCAAAGAUGGGUCUGACUUGUCAUAUUGCCAAGAUUCAUAGUGAGGCUUCAGUUGAGAAAAAUGCCAAAGAGAUAAAAGAUUACAUCGAGGAAAUUUAUUGGGGUUCUGGAAAACGUGUUUUGCUUCUUGGACAUAGCAAAGGGGGAGUAGAUGCAGCGGCUGCUCUAUCUAUGUAUUGGUCUGACUUGAAAGGUAAGGUUGCUGGGUUAGCAUUAGCACAGAGUCCGUACGGUGGAAGUCCUAUAGCUUCAGAUAUCUUGAGAGAAGGCCAGCUUGGUGAUUAUGUAAAUCUACGGAAGCUUAUGGAGAUUCUAAUUUGUAAAGUGCUUAAGGGGGACAUGCAAGCUAUGGAAGACUUGACUUACAAGAGGAGGAAAGAAUUUUUGCAGAAACACCAUUUGCCAAAGGAGCUUCCGGUUGUCUCUUUCCAUACUGAAGCUAGCAUCAGUCCUGCCGUACUGGCAACAUUAUCUCGUGUUGCUCAUGCGGAGCUACCUAUGAUGGCUCCCCUCUCUGAUGGCCAGCCUGCAAGACUACCCGUGGUCAUGCCCCUCGGAGCUGCCAUGGCUGCAUGUGCCCAAUUGCUGCUGGUCAGGUAUAAGGAACAGAGUGAUGGGCUUGUGGCACGCUGUGAUGCAGAAGUCCCAGGAUCUAUUGUGGUGCGCCCAAAACGGAAAUUAGAUCAUGCCUGGAUGGUUUAUUCAUCCUUGAGGGAUGACCCUUCUGAAGCAGAUGCAGCCCAAGUGUGUGAAACUCUUUUGACAUUGCUUGUGGAAGUUGGGCAGAAAAAAAGACAUGAACUCUCCAUGAAAGAUGAAUGACAUCAAGCAGCUCACCUUGUUGCGACACUUGGUUGUAAUAGGUUAACUGGUUGGUACAGGUUUUUUAAAACUGUCUGGCCAUACUACUUCAGUAUUGAAGUCUAAUAUUUGAUAUUGUAUAUAGCUGAAAGUUAGGCAGAUUCAAAUGCAUGACAAUGAUCAAAGAAUAGGAUGCAUGUAACGUAAGACCAAAGAAAAUAGAAAAAGAGCAGCAACAAGUUAAGACAUUCUGAUUUCAUUGUAAUGGCUCAAUAAUUAUUUGUAAGAUUUAUAUUUCGUAUUA